AGUACUGCGGUUGCCUUGGAUGCCUGUUGGCCGGCAAGUGGAUCGAGUGGCUCAGCCCACGGUGAAGAAAAGGAGGAAGUCGACACAUGAAGAGCGGGAUGUGAUGGAGGAGCUCAUUGGUCGUAAACUAAUGAUGAGGAGGGGCAACGGACUCCACAACGGGUUCAUACGAGGGGUAGUGAUCUAUGAAAGGGAGCGUCUACUAGAUGUCAUAUGGGAUGACGGUGAUAUCGAGUUUAUGCCUGACUACAUAGCGAGGGGAAACCUCCUACCCGGGUCCCCCUCUGAGGGUAGCCCAGCUGCUGAUACAGAGGGACAGCCGACUACUGCGGGGGGCAAGAGUACUCGGACGACCUCGACUGGCGUCAACAAGAUACAGGUGGAGUCCAAGCACGAAAGCGUUGAUCUAGCGCCAAAACAUUCUAGUGCGCGAUCUGGGGAUGGGACAGCAUCAUCUACUCUUCAACCGAGCACAACGAGUAAGUCGGCAGGGACGGGAGGGAGGAUGGUCGUCGUCAAGACUCGGCAUAAGGGUCGGAAGGCUACGGCAGCAUCCGAGUGCCUCCUGCCUGAGCUCUACAUCACUCGUGAGACCAGGGAGCUCACUAACGGACCGCCACACAUUCACGAGGGACAACGGUCAUGGCUAUCGGAUGACGAGGAUACAAUCCUUGCCCUAAGACGAAUAGUUCAGGACAGUUCACUGGACCAUCCAGAGCUUUGGUCAGCAGUUCUUAGAGGGUUACUGCGGUUGGCCCUAGCCUCCCACGAAAUGACCUAUGAGGAAUACUCCUGCAUCCGAAGGCUACAGGAUAUCAUGAGCAUGUCACCGACCGAGGAGCUCCUUAAUACUUCAACUGAGUUAUUGACAUCAGUACAAUACUUAUGCACUAUCGCCAUCGAUGUUGCAGCACUGACAAGUGCUAGUGUGAAGUUCUCGUUAUAUGAUGAGCUAGGCUAUGGUGACUACCUCUUGGAUGGGCUGCCGAGGGAUGGCGACAAGGGUGCUACUCUGUGGUUUGAUGGCCCACAAGGGUUCACUACGCAAGAGGUCUGCCGAGCAUUUGAACAGAAGUUGGGGGCUGACCAUGAGGAGGAUGAUGAUGCUGUGCUCUCUCCGACCAGCAGGCCUGGAGGCCCGGACUUAAUCCUAGGGAGAGUGUUGGAGGGUCUGCCAGUGGAUGAGACCUUCAAGCCACUACCUACCCUUAGCAGUAGCCCAACUAAGCUUGAGGACCCUUCUGGGCCGUCACAGUACACCUUAGUGGUUGACUCCUGCCAAGAUGCUACCCUUCGACGAUACAUUCGGAGGAGCCAUGACUUCAUGCCAUCCAUCGAAGGGCACACCAUCGAGCAUUCCAUAGGGGAGCUACAGAAGUUCGUGAAGCGGAAGACGGCGCCACGGCGCUACACGGAUACUGGGCCGUCAGUCGACCCGGAGGCCUAUCUAAGGGAUAUUGCCAUCACCAAUGGGGGGAUCGUCAAUAUCAGCAGUGUUACGGCUGGUUGUACGUCGAGACCCCAGGCGGUCCUAUUCAAAGCUCUGUGUGACGCUAAUGGGAUAGCCUGUCGCCUGAUCCGACAAGAUGGUGGUCUGUACUACAAUAGUAUUCUUAUACGGGAUCGCUCAUACUAUAGCGAUGCACUAUCUGAUGAUGGCGACGACCAAGACUCGGAGGAUGGUGUAUCCCAGGAUGGUCAAUCCUUGAUUGUGAAUGAUGAUGAUGACGACGAGGAAGAUGAGGACGAUUCGGAUUUCGAAGGGAGUAGCAGCUCUGAUAAGAGUCAGGCUGACGGUGACGAGAGUGCUACACAUAAAGUCCUAGAAACUGUCCUUCCCAUUUUCUGGGAUCCCAGUGUUGGAGAUACACCGUCAUCGACACCGAGCUCACCAGAAACCUCUCCAGACAUCUUGGAGGGGGUACGAGAUGCCUGUCAGCACCCAUUGGAUAGGCUCAUCAUAGAAGCUGGCAAGGCCACAUCAAAGCGGUCAAUCGAUCUUGAUAAGCACUUCGAGUUCAUCACAAGGAUCGGCAGAGGCUCAUUCGGCGAGGUGUGGCGUGUCAAGCUGAUCCCUAAUCCUGAGGACUAUAGUGAGUGUGGAGCACUGUUGGCCCAUCCUAGUAGUAGCGGUGAAUACGCUUUGAAGAUGGUCCCAGAGGCCCAUAUAGAUGAGGAGGAAGGGGAGCUCAUGCGCACAUACUGUUCCGCUGGGCAUCCCUGCAUCACGGAGGUCCUCGCAAUAUUCUAUGCUCAUCAAAGGCUCCCAUCGCGGCGGAAAGGAAGCCAUCAUAUUGAGCGCUCUUGGUGUUGUCUUAUGACCGUUGAGGAUACCAGUCUUGAGGUCCUACUUGACUCGAGGGACAAAUACGUGCGGCGACGCCUUGCAGCAUCACCGGCCGAGAUAUGCCCCAACGAAGAAGCAUCCUUUGACGAUGUGCCUGUCCUAUUGGACCUGCGAUUCACAUUCCGUCUCCUUAUCGACACUGCCUUUGCUAUGAUGUUCCUCCAUACUACCACCAAUAACAGGACCUACGUCCUUCAUCGAGACCUCAAGCCUGCCAAUAUACUCCUAACCAAACUCAACGCCAAUGAGAGUAUUUUAUACAGAGCUCGUCUCACUGACUUUGGAGUGGCCCGGGCCAACCCUGGACAAGAUACCAACAUGACCAUCGGUCUCGGCACAGAAGGUUACAUAGCUCCCGAACAGCACAGCAUUGAGUAUGAUAGGCCCGCGGACGUGUGGAGCUUCGGCGUUACUGUGGCGAGGAUAUGCGGAUUGGAUUCGUGGAAGGACGUGGCCGCCGUCUCGACGCGCCCCACAACUACUAAUCAACAGCAUAACCCGAGCAGACUAGCUGAACCAGUUGUGAAGUUCCCUCCAACCGCUGACUCCUUCUUGAAGAAGGGGGCAUCAGGGAGCGACAUAACGCACCUCAUUGAGGAGUAG